GAAUUCUCGUAUCGUUGAGAUUUACCAACGAAUAACUUCAUCGCGAAGCAUAUCACCGUUGAGAACACAAACACUCCUGCUAUGACGAAGAAGAGCGCCGGAAGAUCUUUAGCUAUUUGUAAAAUAUCUGAAAUCAACGAUAACUAAACGCCACCAACGAACCGGUGAAAACAGCCAUCAAAAGAAAAACAAAACAAUCGUUUCGUCUUUCGGUGAAGAUAACCUCAGUUGUUGGAAAAUCAGUUAUAGCGGCGGCAUAUCCGCACACGUGUGUUCAACCAAUAAGUGGAAAGUUCUACUCUAAGUACCAAUGCGUGCAAAACAUCACGCAACAUGACUUACAGCGAUUCAAUCAACAAUACACAACAGGUCCUAAGGAUAAAUACACCCAGCCUUUGCUCGAAAGUCACAAGUACGGUUGGUAUCACAACGUACGUUUCGAUCAAAACAUCGACUAUUCCGCUUUGCUCAACGUAUAAGGAAAUCGCCUCCUUAUAAAUGCGAUUAAACGCGCCCGAAAUAACUUCCCACUUGAAAUGGAGUUACCGGAAAAACCUUUAGACUCGGAUUGCUGCGGUUCUGGGUGCACACCUUGUGUUUUCGACGUGUACGAAGAAUUGCUCGCUAAAUGGAAGGUUAGUAGUAAGACAUCGAACAUUGCGCCGGAGAAGCUACGUUUACGAACCGAUCUAUUAUCGGUUUUAAAAUACAAACCGUAUAAAUUGCUGGAAAUCGAAACAGUUACCGAAAACGCGAACAUUUAUACCUUUAUUCCGUUACUGACCGAAGAAGAUGAGGAUAAGGAGGAGGCAGGACAGGCCGAGGAAAAGACGAUGGUGAACGAAAUCGAAGGUAUUUUACCGUACGAGCCGGGGCAACAUUUCGUACUAAUAAAUUGUAAACCAGAUAAACACACUACUAACGAACAGAAGACGAAGUUAUCUCGCUGUUAUACGCCGAUUAGCGUAGCCCAAAACGAACCCAAUUGCAGGGUUAGAUUUUUAAUCAAAUUGUACGAAAAUGGCGCGAUGUCUCGGCAUAUAUCGCGAUUGAAUAUAAAUCAUGUUAUGUAUAUGAGAGGAGCCUUCGGAGAUUUCCGCCACCAUCGUCGUCGUCCUCCCGGCGACGACUCCGCCGCUUAUAUUUUCAUCUGCGCCGGAACCGGGAUCGCUCCGGUGUACGCAAUUGUUAAAUCAAUCCUGCAAGACGACUCGGAUGAGACAACUAUCAGGUUACUGUUCACCUGUCGAACCCUUAACGAGAUCUAUUUCAGGAACGAAAUACGCGAGUUUUGUAAAUUUUGGAAUUUCACCGCUCGAAUAUACGUCUCGGACAAGGAAACUGGGCUAGCCGGGGUUAAACACGACGAGGACAUACAAUUUGCGAGAAUUUCUAAAGAAAUUAUUUUUAACGAGGUAUCGUCGAGAUGUCUCAAUAAUUGCAAAGUUUUAAUUUGCGGAUCGUCCUCGUUCAACGAAGACAUCGCCUCGUACGCUAGGCAAAGCGGCGUAUCCGAGGAUAAUUUAUUCGUAUUUUGAAGUGCGCAAAGGUGAAUUAUUUUUUUUCCACGACCGAAGACGUUAGACGUUACCUUCUUCGUUGUUGUUAAUUUCGGCGUCGUAAAACUGCAGUUCUUCGCUGACAACGUAAUACAAAUUGUUCUGCGUUGGCGCCCCAUAACUGACCAGGCUAAGUGAAAAGAUGCAAAUGAGAACGCAUAAUAGCUUCAUUUCACGUCAUAAUCCGCGCCCAUGUCAGCAUCCGAUGGAAUAAUAUUUCUAAAAGCAAAUACAAAUACACGUAUCGUGUUUAGAAAAUUUACAUAUAGUGAAAUAUAUGUACGUAUUCUACGGUUUGGUUGUUA